UCCUCAUGGAGCACACACGUCUCGUUCUGACGCUCCUCAUCCUCCCUCUGCUCGUCUCGUGCAGACCACAGGAUGUCAGUCGGGAGAAGAAAAAUUCGCCCUUUGAGUUCAGCAGGUACAUCAAGUUCAAAACCGGCGAGGGCGACACUCUCAAUGUCGACUUCUCGUUCAGUGUGCCUUUCCUCGAAGUGCCGCUGAAGAGGAAAAUCGGAGAUGGCAAGUCGCCGCUGGACAUCAACCUGAGGGGCAUGGCGAUGGCCGCUGGUCUCGGAGCCGUUGCGUCCUUCCUCAACCUCAUUCCCACGCCGUACGACAAUGACCACUCGGGACAUCUUGGGUCGGGACUCAAGAUUUCUAAGCACUGAACUGCAAUCACUGCCAAUUCAAUCAAAAUCAAGAUCUUUCAUCGUCCAAUUAUAUAAAAAAGCUCAAUCAAGUGUUCUCCCAGUAACAGUCAAUUAA